AUGUCGGUCUCUGCUUUUAUCCGAUAUUCCAGUUUUGGAGGGAAGACUUGGGGUGGAUGGCGCUGCGGGGGUGGGCAGACACAGGACCAUUGUACUGGUCAAUACGGACCUUUCUGGUCCGCACAGCCAGCGACACGACAAAGGAAGCGCGCGCUGAGCGCGAUGACGCAACCGCGUGCGUGCGUGUACGCCAUUGGUCUUUUUUUCGGAAGGCCCCGCAGGCGCUGCAGAUCAUGGUGGAUCUUCAGGAAUGUUGCAUGCGCUCAGUGGCCAGAGAGGUUCGCAGCUUUGUACAUGCGAGCUGCGUUGGGGUGCUCUCUGGCAAUCAAUUCAUGGGCGCCGCCCAUGGAGGCAGAGCUGCCGGGUUUUUUCGGCCCUCGCCAGCUGGCCAUGUGGAUGCAAGCCGACGAGGCCUUGCGCGCUUGCUGGCCUGCGUUUCGCAGAUUGGCAGCAGACAAUCCAUUGAUUUGGCGCCGGCGCAGCUGCGGCGCAGCUGCGGCGCAGCUGCUGCAGAGGCGUUAG